CAUACCCUGAAGAAUGUCCGCUUGGUCCUACUCUCUCUCUAGAGUGCUGGUGAGUGAAGUGAAGGUGUUGCGUACACGUGCCCAAACUUAUCGGCUAAAGUUAGCUCACGACGGGAAAAUAAAGUGGGGGUUUUGCUAAAGAAAAUCUUCCGGAAUAAGUGACCGAAGAGGGGGGCAGGAAGUUUACUAAUUGCGGCUGUGUAAAUAACCGACCGACGUAAUGUUAAGUGAAGAAAAGUGCAAAGGUGAACGAAUGAUGGGAAGAUUUGCAUAGUGACUUGGGAAAAAGUUCCGAAAAAACGUCAAUUGUACAACAAAGAACAAACAAUUCCAGCUCUAGUAACGAUUUUAUUAAGAUAACAACAAUCAGUCAACAUAUCAUCAGCAUCAGAUCCAACUUCAUUUUACCAGCCUAAAAUAUUCUAAGAAAUGUGAUUCCAACAUUCGACUGCCAAUCCAUUUUAAAAUUGACAAGCACUUGUGUGACUUUCUUCUAUAUAACUUCUUUUAGCAGCACAUAAUUGUCAUACCUUAUCAGCAAUCUCUCAUCAGAAAUCUCUCACUCAGCCAUCCCAAAUCCCCGCUGACGCAUUGACUGCAACAUCUCAAUGGAUGGUUAACUUUCAAUCAAAAUACUACCCAAUUAAGCCAACCAAGUCCACCGGAACACGAUGAGCCAAAUGGAAAAGUUAGUCAUCGAAAUACGGUCCACGGAAAAUCGCCAUAGGGAGGAGAAAUCCGGUCGCAGCCAAAGUUGGAGCAAACGGAGGCGACGUCGACGGAAAUGGAUUUCCUUGCUGUCCAUUUGCAGUGCCGCCAUUCCAUUCCGAUAUUUUUACCUAUUUCUGUUGCUGCGGGUGGCCAUUUUGUCAGGUCGUGAUGGUGGUGGCGGUGGAGUUUUGGCGGCAAAAAGUUCCAACACCGACAGCAAAGGCCACGGCCAACCGCAGCGAUUUGCCAUGGAGCCGCAAGACCAGACGGCAGUGGUGGGAUCUCGAGUUACGCUGCCCUGCCGGGUUGUGAAUAAAUUAGGACAACUGCAGUGGACGAAAGAUGACUUUGGGCUGGGAACCCACCGGAAUCUGAGCGGAUUCGAACGGUACUCGAUGGUCGGCAGCGAUGACGAGGGAGAUUUUUCCCUGGACAUCUUCCCGGUGAUGCUGGACGACGACGCCAAGUACCAGUGCCAAGUUGGACCAGGAAAGAGAGGUACCCCUGGGAUUAGGUCUCGAUUCGCCACGUUGAUGGUGCUGGUGCCACCCGAACCGCCCAAGAUAGUGCAAGGCGACUUUAUGGUGACAACCGAGGACCGGGAAGUUGAACUGGAAUGCGUCUCGGCUGGUGGGCGGCCCGCUGCAGAGAUAACGUGGAUUGAUGGUUUGGGUAACGUGCUGAUGGACGGCAUCGAAUAUAUGAAAGAAUCCCUUCCGGAUGCCCGGCGAUUUACGGCCAAAUCAAUCCUGAAGCUGAUACCGAAACGAGAGCACCAUAACACAACCCUAACGUGCCAGGCCCAAAAUACCGCAGACCGGACAGAGCGCUCUGUCCAUCUGAAGCUGGAAGUCAAAUAUGCUCCGAAGGUAACGAUUGAGGUGACCAGCGGAAGACCUGGCAGCGGCGAUUCGACCCAACGGAUUGUUGAGGGAAUGGACGUUCGGUUGCGUUGCAAGGCCGAGGCAAAUCCACCGGAAGUGACGUUUCGAUGGUACGUGGGACACGAGAUGAUGACUGGGGAUUUUGCCACGGAACUGGUCAUAUACAAUAUCAGCAGAAAGCACCACGAGAUGAUUGUGAAAUGUGAGGCCCGCAACGUGGUGGGGAAGAGCGAGGAAAGCGAAACCCUGGACAUUGGCUAUGGGCCUCUCUUUCGCAGUCUACCGAAAUCUGUAGAGGCCGAUUUGGACACGGUGGUGACCCUAUCGUGCGACGUAGACGGCAAUCCUUCGCCGGAUAUUGUUUGGGUUCAUGAAGAGUCCGGUCGGAUAAUGUCCGCUUCGUCUAACCUCACUAUGACGGCGACUGUGGCCACGGCUGGGCGUUACAUCUGCAAGGCAACGGUUCUUGACUUUCCGGAGAUAGAGGCGGAAGCGACCGUAUAUCUUCGGGGUCCACCCAGCAUUAGCUCACCCAGGCAGCAGUUUGGAACCAUAACCGACACCGGACGGCUCGAGUGUGAGGCCUUCUCCGUUCCGAAGGCAAAGCACAUCAUCUGGGUGCACAAUGGACGCGAAAUUAACACCAGCCAUUCCGACGGCCAGUACAGCAUCGUCGAGAGCUUCCAACCGGAAGGUGUCAAGUCGACGUUAAUCAUUCACAACAGCCAAAGGGAGCACUUCGGAGGCUACAACUGUACUGUCAUAAACGAUUACGGCGUUGACUAUGUGGAAAUUGAUUUCGUCUCGAGAGACAAUCUUUUAUUACCAGUCAUCAUAUUUGGCUUCCUCGGUGGGGUGACACUUUUAAUCAUCGUCAUCGCCGUCGCCAUGUGUCUCUGGGGCCGGAAGGGACACAAGAAGUUGCUCCCACCGGCGGAUGUGAUACCGAAGCAACACAUUUCCGACAAGGAUAGCAAGGAACUGCUGGAUCGCCGGGCCUCGAACGUUAGUGACCUGAAAAUAGAUCGCGAUAAUGAAUUUAUGGAAACCAGCCUCGGACCGGACGGGAUGACCACUCAGGUAAAUUUGGUGCUCGGCACAAGUGCUACGAUAGCUAAAAAUGGCAGCGAUGGCAGUGGUCCGGUUCCAGCUUCGGUCACUCCGGUUGGCAAAGUUUCCAGCGACUAUCGAUAUUCUGGGGACUACACGGACAGCCUCAGCCGUUUGUCCAGCAAAGGUGGAACCGGUACCAACAACAAUGGCUAUUUGGCGGAUUACUCCCAUCGGGAUUUCAGCUCGCCAACAGCUCACCUAAUUCAGUUCCGUUCGAGUACGAGUAGCACCAACAUCAGCAGCAGUCUGAGCAGUCAAAAUCAUAUCAGCAACGCCAUGACUCUGGGGCGCCAUCGAAAGCCUGAAACGGCAAGACUUGAUAACGCUACACUUCCCAGCAUCCAGGGAAGUCUGAGCACUCUUCCGAAUGGAGCAAUGAAGCAAUCCCUACUUCAAAGCCAACUGGCCCUAGAUCAACGAUACGGUGGCUCCUACGGCAGUCCAUAUCUGCGGGCAGCGGCCGUGAUCAACAGCAUGUCCCCUCCAAUGCCCCCGGCCACGGCCAAUCCAGCAGCAACUCCGGCUCCACCGCCCUACAGUAGUGCCGCUUCGAGGAGUGCGCUUCUCUUCGGAACGGCAGCGAUGCCAUCGCCAGUGGGGGGAAUUAGUCCUGGAACUGCCCCGGGUGGACCAACGACCGGAUCCAAUAGUCCCAGCUCCGUACAGUCGAGUUCGAUUUCCUUGUCGCAGAGCUCUCAUCAGUCAAAUCACCCAUUAGCAGGGCUGCCAUCGAAUGCGGUCACGAAGAGCGGAAGUGGAGGAGCGACGGCGGCCAAUAAUCCGCCACAACCAGGAAGUCCCUCAUCAUCGUCCGGUCAGUUUAUUCUUCCGAGUAGUGGCUCCAUUAAGCAGCAGGGAGCUACUCAUGUGUAAUAUGAAGUCUGUUUCAGGAGAGUCAGGAGAUUAUUUUCUUAGGCCAAAAAAUAUAGCGUAAGAAGUACAGCUUUUCAUGGUGUUCCUCAAAUCGCCCUACAAAUUCACGAAGAAUGGUUGAAAAACUUUAACAAACGGCAUUUAAACCAUUUUUUUUAUUAUUGGGAAUGAGUCCUACAGGAAAAGUUAGAUUAUCAGAGACGAUAUCAGUUCAAUGAUUUGUUUGUUUAGAAUAGCAAUUUUCAAAGUUGUCCCUACCGCACCUUGGGGGCGUUGAGAGCCUACAAGAGGGCGGGGAAAGAUCCCAGAAAUACAAAUUUUUGUUGUACUUCUAUACAAGUUUGUUCGAAACUACUCCUAGGGGGAGGUGAGAUUUAAACACAUGUUCAUCCUUAUGAUAACUUAAUUAUAAAUUAAAUUAAAAAGCUACCUAAAUCUACCAUUUCUCGAUACAAUGUCAAGUUUUCUUUGGGAAGCAACUCUGGCAUCAUGCAACAGCGGGGCUAAAUACUUAGAUGCGACAUUUGUAUACCACAGCACUGAUAUAAUUUUUCUCUUUCAUUCAAAAUUAAACAAAAAACCAUCAAUAAAUGUACAAAUUUUAACAUUUUUCGAUGGCUUAAAAAACUUUACCCAGUAUGGCGGAUUGGCUAAAUGAUAUCACUUAGAAUUUUUGUUACUGGAUUAAUCAUCAUAUUCCAACACUGUUGGUGUUAAAAUUUUAUUCGAACAAUCAACAAUUUUUUCAAUAAAUAUUUUUAUAAUUCAGUUACCUGCCUGAGGUAACAUGCUACAAAAUGCACAUCAAAAAGACACCUUGUAAAUCUCGUUUCAAUAUGAUCGAAUGCUUUUUUGCAUCACGCAUUUGUCAACAUUGAAAUUUCAUUAACCUUAACAUUUAUAUUUUGAUUUCAGCUUGUAGAAUUUGUUGUAAUAUUUUUUUUAACCCUAAAUGUACGCAAUAUCCGUAUUAUCAGAAAAAAAUAGUUUCAACAGAACCAGAAAUUUCUGCAAUUGGCGUUUUUAUGCGUAAUGGCUUAAAUUGCAUCAAAUAUUAUCAAAAACUAUACAUUCACAUACGUUUUCAUGAGAUUUAAAAAAAAAAAAACAAAGUUUGAUGUAAGUUUGAUGUAAAUACAGUGAAAAUCGCAUGUUUUUUGACAAUUAAAAAUAACUGAAGAAACCAAUAAUUUUUCUGACUACGUCGGUUUGAUGUCCCGCUGACUUUCAAACUCUUAACGCACAAAGGGUAGGUAUGAUUAUCUGUGGACGUGAGUUUUUUAGAAGCCAUUAAAGUUGAAAAGUGUUGCAUGUUGCCCCAAUUAACGGUACUCGUCAAAGCGAUUAAAUAUUCCUCAAUAUUUCUUAUCACUGUAUGCAGAUUCCAUUUCAUUGAAAGACCCGAAGAAGAGGAUUUUUUUUUACAAGAUGGAAAUUAGACUUCAAACCGGAACAGCUGGGUGUUUGCCGCCGUGAGUGGGUUCGUCCCACUAAAACCACCUUGGGCUUCGUGUGCCAGAUGUGCCCCUUGGUUUCAUUCUAUGAUGCAACAUUAAGGGGUAGGCUGUGCUCAUGUACUUAUACAUCUCACCCUUUUCCUUUUCCUCUUUCUCAAUGUUAAUCUUUCUUCUUGAUCAUCGUUCUGCUUUAUCCUCUUCCUCCUUCUCCUUUUCUUCUACCGCCAACUUCAGACGGUACGGAAUACCCCGAGACGUGUGCCGGUGAGGUAACGCUUUCAAAGUAACUCGCAACUGUCACAGCAACCACUUCCGCAGGAUUUCUUACCACCAAGGCAUGGCCGAUUGAGAAACUACCAAGCUAGAAUAACGACACGACCACCCCGAAUAAUAUCUCCGCUUCCUUUUGCUGCAGGAAAGAUCGUAGCUAAGUACGUGAGACCUUUUAAGUCCCUCCACACGUAUGAGUACAGAUUAGGGUUAUACCGCGCCCUAAGAUCGCGUUGCUUUUGAAUUGAAGUGUCAUACGAGGCCCAAGACCUUCAAUUAGCUUGUCAAAUUUGGUUGACUAUCUCGCUCUCUCCGUUCAUCAUCUUUCCUGAUUCUUAUCAGAUCGCGCAUGAUUUGCGAGAUUUCGUCGACUAUAGCACGCCACGAAUGUUCGUCGCGACACAUUUCACUCACAAUGUUUUCAGCGUUCAAAUUUGGAAGUUGUUGACGCCUAAAUAUACCUAGGACAGACAAAGAUAGCUUGUUCUGCCGAUUUCUCCGUAUCUACGCAUUCCGGGCAAUAAGGCGAGCUGAUAAGCUCAAACCGAUGAAGGUAUUGCUUAAAGCACCCAUGACCCGAAAGAAACUGCGGCAGGUAGAAGUUGACCUCUCCAUACUUCCGAUUUACCCAGUCUGAAAGUCGCGGAAUUAGCCUUUGCGUCCAUCUUGCGUUGUUCGAUGCGUCCCAUUGCUCCUGCCACUUGAGCAUUGACGCUGCUCGUUGGAUUUUACGCACUCCUCUAACAGCUCUUGCUUUGCAACACUCCAUAAUAUCCUCCGCCAGAGUUAUGUCGAUGGGAAUCAUGCCCGCGAUGACAAAAGCUGCAUCUGCUGAUAUGGUUCUGUACGCACAGGAAACUGGCAUUGCUAUCAGCCGAUGUGUUCUCCGUAAUUUGGAUCUGUCUACCUCUAUCGCGGAGCUCCAGGCCGCUCAUCCGUAUCAUAGUUUUGACAGUGCUACGCUCGCAAGGAGAAGUCUCUUGCUACUCUUUGGACCAUGGCAGUCUGGCAUAAUCCAGGCCAAUGAAUCGAUGACUUUCGAUGCACUUUCACAACAGUAUUUGACAUGUGCACCAAAACUUAAGCGAUUGUCGACCAUUACUCCAAGGUAUUUCAGCUGCUGUUUCGAAGAUGUCGUGUGCCCUCCAACAGUAAUCUCCAUGUGCGGCACAACUCUUUUAUUGGUCACGAGCAGAACUUCUGUUUUAUGGUGAGCUAUCUGAAGCUUAACUCCCUCCAUCCAGAUGCCAACCGUUUCUACGGACACCGUUGCAAGGUCUUCUACCUCCUCGAUUGUUUCGCCGGUGAUCAUGAGCACGAUAUCGUCAGCAAAUACGACUAUCUGCACGCCUGCUGGUAGUUUCAGCGUCAACACCUCAUUAUACAUGGCAUUCCAAAGCACAAGUCCGAGUAUGGAACCCUGUGGAACACUCGCUGUUAGGGCAGUAGAUCGUAACCCAGUUUCGGUUUCGUACGUCAGGAUUCUUUUUUUUUUGUUUCGAUUAUAGUCGUUUUACCAUCUUUAUGGCAUUCGCGACUUUAUCAACGUUGCAGUUGGCGGAUCGUUAUUGAAAAACUAUCCGGUACAACUGUGUUCGAUGUUUACUCUUGGGCUCGAACUCGCGGACAUCGGCUCAGGAGACAACAGACUUGCCAACUGAGCUAUAUCACAAGCCCUACAUACGUCAGGAUUCAAUUUUCGAAGAAGCUUCCUAUUAUCCUGCAGAUGGUAUUGGGAACGCGCAUCCUGUGAAGCGCUUUGGCAAUCGCUUCCCAGCUGGCAUUGUUGAAGGCGUUCUUAACGUCGAUCGUCACAAUAGCUCAGUGUCCGCUUCUUUUUAUAUUCGCGCUUCGCGAACUCUGUCACCUUUCGGAUGACGUCCACCGUAGAUCUCUCUUUCCGAAAACCGAACUGUCUAUCCGACAGUCCACUUUCGCCUUCUGUGUUGAUAAUAAGUCUGUUAAGUAUUAUCCUCUCCAGUAGCUUACCAAGGGUGUCCAGCAGACAAAUGGGUCUGUAUGAUGAUGCAUGCCCUGGGGGUUUCCCAGGUUUCAGUAGUAGCACCAACUUAGCCGUUUUCCACGAAUUGGGAAAAGAUCCUCGUCGAGACACUUUUGUAGCAGCACUCUGAAGGUAUCCGAAACGGUCUGUACCGCCACCUUCAGCACUGCAUUUGGCAUUCCGUCCGGACCAGAGGCCUUAUUCACCGCAAGUUUCUUAGCGAUAGCCACAAGUUCUUCGUUCGUUACUGGUUCGAUGUCGUGGACACCCGCGUCGUACGGGAUAAGGAUAAGGAAUCGUUUUUGACCACAUCCUGAACUGAGGCAGUUUUCUUGCUGGCGUAAGCACGCAUGACUUUCCGGUCCAAAGUUUCGUUCACCGGACCCGGUUUUUACUUUUUUUUUUUUUUGACCACGAAGCUGCUUUCCUCUCCAUACCUCCAAAUUGAAUUUCAGACUGCUUCAAUGCUUACUUCUUCCAUUUUCGCCAACUGACUCAGCGAAAUGUUGGUUCUCCGGGGAAAUGCUUCUCAUUUCACGAAAGUUAUGGAAAGUGUAGCUCACGAUACACAAAUUUUUUAAGUUAAACUGUCAACAACACCCGGCAGAAAUCAGCUGUUUAAACGUCAUCCGGAGGCGCAUAUCUUAAAAGACCGCAGAGCUUAUUGAGUUAUUUUGUCCCUAGAUGGCGCUUCAGAACUUCCAAAAUUUCAUGUUUUGUGAAGCAGAAAAAUCAAUUCAUAUUCCAAAAAAUUUAUUAAUUAGAUCCUAGGCAUCAGCUCUUUAUCUUUUUCUAUGAUAUAAGUGACACUUAAUAACUACAGUAAUUAUUUAUUUGUUAAAGAGCACUGCACAAUUCUACUUUUCAUUUGUUCUCUGGUCAUGCUUAGUUGAAUAAUAUCGACGUUUGCGUUGUAUUAUGCCAUCAUACGGUACAUUGGUUCGUUUCUGGCCUAAUUCUGGAUGCGAUUAGCUAGUUGAAACGGCCUUACGUUUCGUAAACUGCUGCGGCCUUCGUACGGAGAUAAACAAGAUAAUAAAUACGGUGAAUAAUAUCUUCCACAGAUUAAAUCCUUUAGAAACAGUGCGUCGAUGGAUUUCUUGCACGACCCGCGUCAGCUGCGCCUUAGCUCUUUUUACCCGUUCUUGAUUUUAUUCUACCGGAAAAUCUUAAAACCUUAGGACCACGUAAGGCUUGGUCCUAAGUUCAUCUUUCAGUAUCCGACGGCCGAGCUCAGAAAACGGAGUUUGGAUAAGCGGGGUUCUACUGUAUAUCGUUUCUUCUGACUAUUUGGGUAAAUGAUCUCAAUGUACUCUUUUUGGUGUUGCGAGAUAUAGUAACCCUAGUCCAGAACAACUUUUUUUUUUCAUUCGCGAACAAAAUUCCCCAGAAAAAUUUUCAGGCUAUCGUUGAUAAUUUUUCCUAAGAACUUCAAGUUUUCAAGUGGUGACGAGGCUCUGGGUGGUGGCAAAUAAUUUAUUAAAAAUCGAAAAAUGAACAAUACUGAGUGUUUGAUAAUCGUCACUUAUUGGCGGUCUGUAGUAAGCGUUUUAUCAGAUUUAUAGAGAAAGGUCUGGUCCUACUCAGGUUAUGUGCUAUUUGAAUUUGCAAUGCUUUUGAAAAUUUAACAAACAGGUUGUGACAACCUACGGUGAUUUAUAUAAAACAAAUACCUACCUACUUAAAGCACUCUUCAAACUGGAAAUUCGAUGUAGAAAAGAAACAAUUUCCAGGGAAACACAGUUCUUUCAUACUAAUAAAGAGUUCUUUGCAAGCAAACGAUGCACAUGUUAACAAUUAUCAAAACAGAUGGUUUUAAUUUUUUUUCCAUAAAACCACACCAAUAGAUGUCCAAAGUACAAAUAAAUCGUGAGGAGGGAAAAAAUGUUGUUGAAUGAUUUAAUUAUAACUUUCUUCACUCAACUCAAAACUACAUUCUGACUUCGAUAGAAAUGUUUAUAGAAAAUACCUAAAAAAAUAGUUUUUCGCAAGCAAAUAAUGUACACAUUCAAUGGUUAUCAAAACAGAUUUUUUUUUCCUUAAAACCACAACCAGAGGUGUCAAAAGUACAAAUAAAUCGUGAGGAUGAGGGGAUAUUGUUAAAUUGAUUUAUUGAAACUUUCCUCACUCAACUUAAAACAACAUUCUGCCUUCGAAUGAAAUGAUUUUAGAGCAAAUGCAUCUUCAUUAUCCUUUUCUUAUUUCCUACAGUGUUUUCAGUUAAUUGUAGGGCUAAUUGUAGAUCAUUUUUAAUUGUUUUUUUUUAAUUGAAAUUUCACAUUUUUGAACUUUUGAAUAAAACUUAUUUUUAUCAACAUUUUUGAUGAUAUUAUUUAUCUUUUUAUCUUAUCAAUCUACACAUAGUUAGCUCAAAAAAGUUAAAUUCGAUGUUCUUAGGAAAAAUUAAUAACAAAAGCUGAAAAUUUUCUUCUGUAUGUUGUUCGCAAAUUUUCAAAAAAAAGGAGUUGCUCAAGACCGAUCGAUUUUAUUCUUAAAUAGUGCGUUGUAUAGGGAAGAGUCUCCUCUGCCGAUGCCGAUUUUUUUGAAAUUGUCCCAAAAAAGAAACCGUAAGCGGUUCAAUUGCCAGCUCCGGUGAUAUGGUCAAAAAUAGUCAUCAUACCUUUCAUCUAUCGAUGUUGUUUGAUUGUUGCCAAGGGUUAGAGAAUCAUGUCUUCUUUAACCAUAAAACUUUUAAUGUAUUUUUCGUCCCACGAAAAUAUUUCUAAUUUAUCAACUGGAUCAGAUAUCGUUCUUAUUUUUGGACCAUAUAUGUGUAGGUACUUGAAAUUACACGCUGUAAGAGUUUUUUUUCCUAAAAAGGUAUGAUGAUAACAAGAAAAUUGUAUCAAGUCUCCCCAUUCUCCUUUACGGAUUCCAUCGACGGUACGGAGAUCAUUAAAAAAAGCUUUGCCAAUGUCUUUUUUUUGUUUAAAUAAGACUUCAAGAUCAACGGAGAAAGCAAACCGUUGCUGUUUUCCAAAUUAUCAGUCGGGGAACAGGCAGAACGGUUUUAAACGAUGACGGCCUCACCGUGAGCCCGAAUCCAAAUCAGAAUCAGAAUCGGGAGAAGAUUAUAAAAAAACAUUUUCCAGUAAAAAAAUGUCUCCUACUACGAAUGAACGAUUCAAAUUUGUAUAGGAAUGCAAGCUAUGUAGUAGCUUACUCAGAUUUCGGGUUUGAAUUCAGUUCAGAAUUAUGAUCUCUAAUUAUGAUUUCUUUCAUAUGAAAGAAUAUUAUCUUCACUGUCAUCAGAGCUUAUACAUUUUUAAAGAUCUGCUGUAGUAACAACUUACCCAUGAAACAAUUGUUCUUACAACGUUUAUCUAAAAUUUAUAAAUAGACAUAAAAACGUUGCCCAAAUAUUUAUUGUUAGCUUAAUCAUCGUUCAUUUAAGCACACCUACGGCUGCCAUAAAUUUGCACUCAUUUCCAUGGCCCAAAUUUGGUUGAAUCUAGCUAAAACCAGAUAGCCUAACUCGAGGAAGCUGUUUAUCGAGCGCAAAUAUGCUCGUAAAUAGACUUUUGCCCUCCUCUUUUGAAGGCGGCUCCAGACUCCAUGCAAAACACCGUUCAACUUCCACCCACGCAGCCAGACUUUUCUGAUUGAGUUCGCACAGUUUUCAUGAAUCGCAAAAUUCCAAUCAAAAUCCAUUAAAAUCAAUUUUAGAGAUUUGGGAGCUAGCAUAAAAUUAUCAUCCGCUCUUCCGGUUCAUCAUAACGAGAUCAGCUGUAUGAAAAAAGCUCACCCAGGUGGAAAAUGCGAAUCCGGUUGAACGCGGUCAAAGAUGGGAUCAGAACUGCGGCUAGGUGAAAAGGUCCAUUUGUAACCAGAAUUCGGUUAGCCGAAUCGAAGUUCAAACCAUCAACUUGAAUUAAUAUUUAGUGGGAUAUCAAACAAAAUUCAAAUGCACACACAUGACUUUAAUUUUGAUUUAUUUUUAAAAACUCCCUAGGUUUUCAAUAAACAUACGACUAUUCUUUCAUGCAAAAAAAAACAAAUUAAAUAUUUCGUUAAAUUAAAAAGGACAACAAGGAGGUGAAUCCAAACAUCUGACGUCUCCUGAAAUACUUUCGACUUAACAAAUAAACAAAAAAACACCUCAUGAAUUUUCCGGAGAUAAAUUUAUAGGAAAAAAUGUCUUCAUUUAGUAAACUCUUCAGAGCAAUCUUUUGCCAUGCUGUCUAGUUUCCUUCCCAACCCGAUGAAUGAUGCCACUAACAAAAGUCAUUAUCAAACUGUCGAAAAGCUUGCAAUCUUGAGCGAGAGAAACAAUUCCAACUUUUUCCUUCGGAGCUCUUCGCUGGAAACAUUAAAGCAGACUUUUUUAUGCAUGAGAGACGAAAUAGAGAAGCAAAACUGUAUGCUGUGAAUAAUGCAAAAAUACACCAAACUCGAUAACAGUGCAAGAGCUACAAUUUAGUGACAAACGAAACGCGCCACUCGGAAGAAUAAAUAAGAAGCACAUCCGUUCGUGGGAUCCGGAAAAUCCUCGUUUGUGAGGAAGAUCCUCGGAAGAAGUGACAAAAAACCAGUUGAGGAAAGUGCAAAAAAAACCCUGAAUGCAAUGCAAAGUUGCCAACGGAAGGAAAAACGAAAUAGUUUAAACAUGUAAAACUUUGACUGAUGAAUUUUUACAGCCGUAGAUGUAAAGUUGUAAAGCUUAGGGAAAAUAUUAGUAUAAGAACAAAAGUUUCACACCAUUUUAUGCACUGGCCACGACAUUGUGGACACAAAUCUAUGCCACACCAUUUUAUUUCCUUCGAUGCUUUCUCGAGCAAAAAACAAUACAAAAAUGCAGCAAAUAAUCGGAACCGGAUUAUAAAUUCUGGUUUCACUUGCAUUUGAUAGCUAGUACGAAUGGUCGAUAAAAAACGACGCUUUAACCAAACAGCAACGAUGCUUUCUAUAGAAAUAAUAUGCUUCAUAGGAUUAGAUAGGGAUGUUUGGUUUGUCAAUUUCCACAGUAUAUCAAUCGUUACAUCGUGAUGCUAAACAAAAAAAAAUAAUCGUCAAUCGGAUCAUAUCAAAAAAUCAUUCAAUAGAAAAUAAAAAUAGACACAUACGUAACAA